GAAUCAUCGACCUAUAAUGCGGUUCUCAAUAAUCCUGGGCUUGGUUGGCAGUUGUGCUGCGAGUCUGCUGCAGCAUGCCAACCAGACAGCCAACUAUGAUAACCUGACCGUUGCAGUUGUGCGCGCACCGCCGGCAAACUGGCCCCUCCCGCUCAUGAGCAAUAACAACUGGACAGGAGUUGAAUUUGACUUGAAUGCGACGGUUUCCAAGGGCGUCAACCUUAUCAAACAAGCAGCAGGAAAUGGUGCUAAUCUUGUUGUUUUUCCUGAGUUAUGGUUUCCGGGCUAUCCCAAAGGAAUGUCAGAUAAUGUUUCCAUCGCAAGUCAUAUCAAGAACUACGUCCAAAACUCUCUUACUCUGAAUAGCCCUCAAUGGAAUCGACUGGUAUCUGCCGCGAAGACCAAUGGAGUCUACGUCGUCCCCGGAUUCUCCCAUCGAGAAGGAAACUAUAUCUACAUGGCACAGGCAUUGAUUUCCCCAGAGGGAGAAAAUAUUUAUCUCCGCCACAAGUUGAGGCCAUCCGGCGGUGAAAGGACUAUCUGGUCUGAUGGUACCCUGAACGAAUUGAAAGUGAUUGCUACUCCGUACGGUCGAUGGGGUAUUCUUGAAUGCUGGGAACACUUUCACCCAGCAAUGACCUUUAAUGUUCAGGCGCAGACAGAGACGCUCCAUAUUGCAUCUUUUCCUUAUACACCCGACUAUGGUGACUCGGACGCAGCAGACUGGCAAUCCGCUGAGGUGAAUGUUGCAGCAGCACGAACAUACGCUGUAAACGCACAAGCUCCAUUGGCAUAUGCAUCCGUUGGAAAUGUGCGAUUCAUUACCAGCGGAGGACUCGAUAUCGAUGUGGUGGACGCAUCCGAGUCAUUCGAUAAGACUCCGUUGGCUUACACCUCUUUCAACACGACAGGUCUGGCCGAUACCGUGCCGUACACCACAAAUGGGGAGCAGUCGUGGGGGAUCUUGCAGCAGAUUAACGCCGGCUUUCCGUCGUACAUCCCGAAGGUUAUGGGAGAUUUUGUGGCUCGGAAUAUGGUGAAGAUUUCUGACCGUUUGCAAGCCAAAUGA